AUGAACUUCCCACGGCACGAUAUGCCCGGCAUGGACAUGGGCGGCGACUCAUCCAGCUCUUCAUCGCCUUCCCACUCCCACGGCUCAGGCAACAUGAUGACAAUGGUCUUCCAAACCGAAACCCGCACACCUCUCUACGCAAGCUCCUGGACACCAGAUAAUGCUGGUGCUUACGCAGGAACAUGCAUCUUUCUUGCUGUUCUCGCCAUCGUCGCGCGAGUUCUCCUUGCUCUAAAAGCCACCCAAGAAGCUCGCUGGCUUGAUCGUGAAGCCGCACGCCGCUACGUCGCCGUCAAUGGCAAGAUUCCGUUAUCAGAGCAGAUAGCUGCCAACCCUGAUUCGCGCCGCAUGACUCUCACGGAGAAUGGAGUGGAGGAGACGGUUGUUGUUGUGGAAAGGAAGAGAGCUGCCACAAGGCCAUGGCGGUUCAGCGUCGAUCCUGUCCGCGCAUGUCUUGAUACCGUGAUUGUUGGCAUUGGCUACCUGCUGUACGUCCUCAUCCCUGGUUUUACCGUUUGCUUUCCAUCUCGAAUGCUAAUCCUCCUUCGCAGCAUGUUGGCUGUCAUGACGAUGAAUGUCGGCUACUUUCUGUCAGUCCUGGCUGGUGUUUUCAUCGGUAGCCUAGCAGUCGGUCGGUACACUACAGCAGUCGAGCAUUAA